AUGAAUAUUGUAUUUCCUAAAAUUGUUUCCUCAACUGCUGUGAUGAGUGGGUUGUUAAACUCUAACACUACAGAUCAAUCAAUUUCUUCCAAUGAAGGCAUUCGAAGAAUAGUUGGAAGUGAAAGAGAAAUGUUUGAUAAAAUUAAUCCUGAAACUCUUCAAGUUGAAAAAUACAAUGUGUUGUCCGAUAGAUCAAUUUAUUCGAAAAGACCUAAUCACAACAAUAGAUUUCAAAAAGACCACGAUGACUUGAUGGACUUAGAAUGGAGAAGAAAUAGAGAAUUGGAACAAGAUGUACAAAAAAAAGAAUCGUUCAAAAAAAGAAUGACAGAAAUUACAGGAAAAGAAAAUAAGAAAAUUAAUGAACCUGCUCAAAAAGCUCCCCCUUCAAAUAACAAAAACCAAACAGGCUUAUUAGAUACCUAUCUCGUAAAGACGGAUGAAACAGAGAAUAUACCAACGACUCGAAGAGUGAAAGCUUCAACAAUUUCUGGAAUUUCAAAUGCGACCAACGUCACACAAUUAUAUUCCACACUUCUUCCAGAGUUAAGAAAUGAAUUGAGAAGAAAAGGAUUAAGACAAGUUGGUUUCAUUCGAUUCAAUACUAACACAAUCACUUCAGAUGAUGCCCUUACAAAAUUGAGACAAUCUACCAAAGACACUCAUAAUCCAUUUAAUCCAAUGGCAUUCGAAGAUCCAUCUCUAAGAAUACUUGCACCUAAACAAUGGCAAGGUACUCUUCCAACUCCUGCAAAAGAUGAUAUUAUUCAAAGUGCUAUUACAGGUUUACAAACACACUUUUCACUAAGCUCAAAUUUCAUCAAACAAGGAGAAACAAUUGAAUAUAAUUUCUCCGUUACAAGACAACAUCAAGAUCACUCAGCACAUGGGCCUCAAUCAAAUCUUGCAUUGAGAUCUAUUUCCCUUCAACUUGUCACUUCACUUUCACAGGUUGAGAAAUCAAGAACUCUUUUACAAACAAAGAAGACAUUUCAAUUUGAAGAGUUUACCCAAAAUGAACAGAACAUGAUUUUCACACAACAACAGCCACUCAACAUUCAGACUACAUCUCUUGAACCUGGAACUUAUCAAUUAUUUGCACAAGUGCUUUUGUUUUUACCAAAUUCUGCAACCUCUACAAUAUUGUCAUCACAUGGCCCUUAUGAAGUUUAUAUCAUUCCAAAAGAUUGA